AUGGCCUUCAACGACGAGAAGAAGCGGCCAGCCGCUCUCAACCUGACACCCCAACGAACAAUGUCGGCCGGCUCAGUAUCCUCCAACAAUUCAUCAUCAACAGCUUCAUCACUGGCCAAGCCUCCAAGGACACCACGAUUUGCCGAAGCCACCUCAGUACACUCACCUGUCGAUGCACGGCAACUACCUUUCUCUGAGAAGUCCGAGGUUGCUCAUGCUCAGCCUGGAGAUGUUGGCUUUGGUUAUAUCGGGAACGGAGGAAACAGGGAAUCAGUUGCCAUGCCAAUGACACCAAGGUCGCCUCUGAAGAGUGCUUUGAAGGUUCCAGGAACACCAGGUCGGGGUCUCUCCAAUCCUCUCAGCCCAACAUUUAGGGAAGAGGAUCAGUUGGAGCAAAGAGAGAAAUUGACGGAGAAGGAACAGGCUCGGGAUUUGAAAAUCAAAACCCGUGUACGCAUGGCCAAGUUCGCCCUUCGCGGUGUCAACUUCAGCUGCAGUCUCAUCAUCCUCGCCAUGCUUUCGGCAUCGUUCUCCAUCUUCAACGCUACCCGACGUCUCCCGGCCAUGAACGGUCUUCCCGCAUGGGCCGAAGGCACCAGCCCCUGGCCUCAAUACGUCGUUCUCGCCUGCUCCUGCGUCUCGCUCCUCAUCUGCAUCGGUGUCUUUGUCGGUUACUGCCGCGGUGGUCAUAACAGGGCGGAGAAGGUUGGCGUGUACUACACGCUUUUCGCCGUGGGCUGGUUCAUCUUCAGCAUGAUCAUGUGGGCGGUGGCUGCCGGUGUCUUCCAAUUCAGCAAGAACAACAGCAAGAACCAAGACAUGUGGGGUUGGGCCUGCGUCGAGAACCACCGCGCCGACCUCUUCAAGGACAAGGUCGAUUACGCGCUGGUGUGCCGUCUUCAGAACUGGGCUCUCAUCUGCAUAAUCAUCGAAAUCAUCGUCGAGAUCAUCAGCAUCACCCUCUACAGCAUCGUCUUUUACCGCUACUGGUCCAAGCGCAAGCUGCACAAGUCCAUGAACAUGCGCGACAAGGCCCGCUCCGACCUGUACCUCGCCCAGCUGCGCGUCCAGUCCGCUCCCAACACGCCCGGCUUCGGCCCCAAGUCGCCCGCCUUCUCAGCAUACGCCAUGUCUCCCCGCUUCCCGCCCUCGCAGUACCAGUCUUUUGACGACGUCGAGAAGGGCAACGGCGCCGGUCCCGGUGCUGCUCAACAGCAACAGCCCUUCACCCCCGGUGGCCAGCGCCUCAUCAUCCCCCAGUCCUCCUUCUCCUCCGCCUCGCCCAAGAUCGACACGGGAUUCAAGCUGCAGGCUCCUCCCUCAAAGGCUAACCCCGCUACUCCCGUCACUCCCAAGACAGGCUUCAUGACGCCCACGUCCUCCAACGCCGUGUCGCCCGUGGAUCCCAUGCCGCAGUUUAACUUGCCUCAGCCUCCUCCCCCGACGGUGCAGAUCACGCAUGCUCCCGUGGUGGCUGGCGAGCAGCAGUAUGAGGCGGUGCCGAUCCCCGGUGCUUAUGCCGGGCAGGCGCAGAGGUUUGCUUAG